CCAAGCGGUAAGGCAAGUGCCAAGUGCGGCUUUUAGUAAAUACGACUUGCAAAUAAUUACUAUUUCGAAAAGAAUUCCCUAUUAUUUUCUACUAGUGGUAUCAUGAUUACAAAUUUUGAUAAACUGUGCGGUGAGCUUGAGAAACAAGAGCUAGAGGCUCCCAAUGGUGUGGCACCAGCAGCAACAUAUGCUCAAUUACUAGCAAUUUAUUUAUAUCAGAAUGAUUUGUGUAAUGCUAAAUUCCUAUGGAAGAGAAUACCUCAGAACAUCACAUCUAGUAAUCCGGAGAUUUCAGCAAUUUGGGCAGUUGGACAAAAAUUAUGGAAGAAGGAUUUACCAAGAAUGUAUCAAGCACUUGCUGCCUACCAUUGGGUGGAGCCAGUUGCAACUAUUAUGAGGGCUCUUGAAGAAAGAGCACGAGAAAGAGCAUUGAAUCUAAUAGGAAAAUCAUACAGUUCGAUAUCAAUUGAAUCAGUUCUGGCAGUGACAGGCCUGAGCAAGGAGGCUGUGCUGCAAAUUUGCAGAGAACGAAAGUGGGAGCUUGAUGAUGACGGUGUAACAGUCCGACCAGUACCUCCAGUUCAGCCCACUCCGUUACAUACAUCUAGUGAAGACCAACUGUUCAAGCUGACCGACUUUGUAACAUUCUUAGAGAGCUAAAUAGGUCAGUUUUUAAAUUUCAUUAUAUUUUGCCAUAUCAAAGAAUUGUUAAUCUGUUCGGAUCACUGCGCUAAUCUGAAGUCCACUGGAAGUAUUCACACAUUUUUUUUAUUGUUUUAUAAUUGAUAAUUUCCUCAGCAUUAAAAAUUUAAUAUAAAUAAUUUAACAUAAAUUUAACUGUCAGUGUUAAGAUAAGUUAAGUUAACACAGUGUAAGGUUAACUGUCAACCUCAAAUUUUUUCGACUUUUUCACAGCUGUCACAGUCUCUAGACGUAUAAAUAAUCCAAGGUCCAGUUUUAAAAACUGCCCUUAAGAAACUUGUUGUGUGUGACAUACCCGGCUUUUGAAUUGUAUAAGACUGUAAGUAUAUGAGUUUAAAUAAAACCAGAAAUUAUUAUAAAAAA